AUGGAGUCUUUGAUCGCCGAUAGACCACAUGGUGGAUUUGUGUAUGACAAUUGUUACAGAAAUGAACGGCUAGCUAAGCUGACAGAUUUGCCGAUCAAAAUGAUUAAGACCGGCACUACCCUUGCUGCUGUCACCUUCAAAGAUGGAAUUGUACUAGGUGCUGAUACAAGAGCCACCGAGGGCCCCAUAGUCGCCGAUAAGUCCUGCCAAAAGAUACACUACAUUGCUGACAACAUCUAUUGUUGUGGUGCCGGUACGGCGGCUGACACAGUUCACGUCACACGUAUAGUGUCGUCACAAAUCGAGUUGCACCGACUCAACACCGGCCGCAAGCCCCGUGUGGUGGCUGCCCUUCGUCUUUUGAAGCAACACCUGUUCAAAUACCAAGGUCAUGUUGGAGCCGCUUGUAUACUGGGUGGUGUGGACAACUUUGGAGCUCAUCUUUAUGGCGUCCAUCCUCAUGGUUCCAGCGACAAACUCCCCUACACCACUAUGGGAAGCGGUUGCUUAGCAGCCAUGUCAGUGCUGGAAGCGAAGUUUAAACCCAACAUGGAGAGAGCCGAAGCCAUGGAAUUAGUUCAGCAGGCCAUUCUUGCGGGUGUUUUCAACGAUUUAUACUCCGGCACAGGGGUUGAUCUGUGCGUCAUCACGAGCAAGGGAUCUGAAUACCUCCGACACUACGAUGUAGCCAAUGAGAGAGGUGUUCGUUCUGCUAGCUACUUGCCACGCAAAUGUUACACCGAGGUAAUCAAGAAGGACGUCAGGAAGGUGGAAUACGACGUGGUCUCGACUCGCGUCAUCAGAGAUCUUCAGGAACCCGAACCCAUGGCUAUGUAG